ACUUAACUGGGCCUGAAUGAAGUUCAGCUGAGAGUGGAUGGAUCUUCAGACAGGAAUUUAUGCACUAUGGAGAUGUUCGUCAGAUGGUGCUUAGUUUGGAUACUUCUGAAAGGAACCUUUUGUUUGUUGGUUCUUGGGCAACAUCAUGCCAACUUCACCUUCAACAAAAGAGCAUCCCCUGAGCUCAACACAGACCAGGACCCUUCUUUACAUAAAAACCGGGCGCCUCAAACUGAGAGUUUUAUUCAGAACACAAAGCAACCCAUCAGCCCUUUUAUUCCUCUUUCAAAGCAUGGACUCCUGGAAAUACUUGGAGGAAACUCCCAGUCAGCCUCCAACCCAUCCUUAAAGAUAAAGCUUCGUCCCAUCAUGAAAGUCCAGGGAACAUCGAAAUUCUCCAGGACGUUCAGUUGGGGGGACUUUUACUCAAACAUCAAGACCGUCAAACUAAAUUUGCUGAUAAUGGGAAAGAUUGUGGAUCACGGGAAUGGCUCUCUUGGAGUCUACUUUCGCCACAACUCCACAGGUGUGGGCAACGUCUCUGUUAGCCUUGUUCCACCAAUGAAAGAGGUGGAGUUUGAUCUGGAGCGACAAAGUGUUGUCAACCCUAAAGACUCAAAGACGUUCAACUGCAGGGUGGACUAUGAGAAGACAGAACGUAACAAAAAGGUGAUUCUGUGUAACUAUGACCCAUCCAAGACAUGUGCUCAGGAGCAGACCCAGAGUCACGUCACCUGGAUGUGUUCCAAACCCUUCCAGGUCAUCUGCAUCUACGUGUCUUUCUACAGCACAGACUACAGACUGGUUCAAAAAGUGUGUCCAGACUACAGCUACCAGAAUCCAGGAGCUUACCUGCCCAUAGGCUGACCCAAAGUCAAGGACACAAGGGGAGAAUAAUGUUUCAGUAAAUCAACAGAGAGUUUCAGAGAGAGCAGCUAUUUGCAGUUUUAACGGGAUUUCAAAGUUUAACAUUUCUCUUGUGAAUACAUUUGUCUGAGAAGUUACAAAAUACUGUAAA